AUGACAUUUUUUACAGCUCCAGAAAAUGAUCAGUACGUCAGGCUGAGCUUUCGUGAGUUCUUCAUAUUCGAAUACAAACAAGGCUGUCGGCGAGAUUUCCUCGAGAUCCGGGAUGGUCAAUUCGGCUUCUCUAGACUUAUUGCUCGUCUGUGCAACCGCAACGAGGCACAAAAUGAUGUGGUCUCCACUGGACAGUUCAUGUGGCUCCGAUUCCGCUCGGACAGUUCCAUCAACCACAAAGGCUUCAAAGCGGUCUAUUGGUUCCCACGACAUAGUACGCGAUCCUGUAUUGAGAAGAUACUAGUUUGCUGUGAUGUAAAUGCAUAG